AUGGCUACCCGCACCAUUGCAGUUAUUGGCGGUACUGGCGCCCAGGGGAUGCCCAUCGUGAGGGAUUUAGUAAGGUCGGGCAACUAUACCGUCCGGGCCUUGACCCGCGACCCGAGCAGCUCUCGCUUCAAGGAGAUCCAAUCCUACGGCCCGCCGGGUACCGUGGAGGCCGUCGUGGGCACAUUCACAUCCGAAGAAUCCCUCAGGGAGCUUUUCCGCUCUGCCUGGGGCGCCUUUGUCAAUAUCGACGGGUUCAACUGUGGCGAGAAAACCGAGAUCUACUGGUCGAUCCGCGCGUACGAGCUCGCCAUCGAGGAAGGAGUCAAGUUCUAUGUCUACAGCAGCCUCGCCUACGCCUACAAGCUGAGCGGCUACAAGCCCGAGUUCCGCGGCGGCCACUACGACGCCAAGGGCAGGAUCGGCGAGUGGAUCCUCUCCCAGAACAAAGAGGUGAGCCAGCGCCACGGCAUGCAGGCCGCGCUCUUCUCGACUGGUCCGUACAUGGACAUGGCGAUUCACGCUUACACGCCUAUGCCGCCUCUCGUCGAAGAUGGCGUCGUCACUUGGCGGGUUCCGCUCGGAGAAGGAGCCAUACCUGAAGUUGCGCUCGAUGAUUGCGGCUACUACGUCAAGUGGUUGUUCGACCAUCCUGAGCGCGCAAACGGGAUGGAUCUCGACGUAGCCAUCGAGCACGCCACGUACACCCAGGUUGCCGAGGCCUUCCAGAAGGUCACGGGCAAGCCAGCACGGUACAUUGAUACAAGCUUCGACGACUACUUUGCCGCCGUCCCUGUGGCCGAUCUCCCUACAGGUUACAACGCCGACCCAAAGGAUCCGGCCACGAUGAAAUACCGAGAUAACUUUACAGGUUGGUGGAAUCUGUGGCGCCACUCAGCCGGUAACAAGGGCCUGAUACGGAAGAACUACGAGAUCCUCGACGAGAUCCACCCUAACCGCAUCAGAACUGUUGAGGAGUGGUUUCGUCAUGAGGAAAAGCGAGGGAGGGAACUGGGGCUCGGAAGCCUCUGGGAGAGAGUCCAGCCUGAGAACAUUGGCUUUGUGCUCAAGGUACAUGAUGACCAGAGACAGGGUGCUGCCUAG